AUGCUUCUCGAGAGCUUGAGUUUGAAGGAGGAUACACGCAAAAUCGAAAUCAAGGAAGAAUUCAAGUACCAGCCGGCGUCGAAGGCGCUGCAGCCGUACGUGUGUCUGAGCCCGCUGCCGUCGGCGUCGAGGCGCGUCAUUGGCCACAAGUGCAGCAAAUGCAGCCAGACGUUCAAGUGGAAGGAGAGCCUGUACCGGCAUCUGGAGGAGGAGUGCAGCGGGAGACCGAGCCUCGCGCGCGACAGCGACAAAGCGAGAGCGCCACCGUCGGCGAGCAGCAAGGGCCGGCACCAGUGCCCGACCUGCGGCAAGACCUACAAGAGCCGGGGCUUCUUCGACGCCCACGUGAGGAAGGUGUGCGGCCGAGCGAACGAGGCCAUUCGCGCGAUCAAGAGCACCACCUGGGACAUCAAGUCGGACCACAAGUGCGCGAUCUGCAGCCGGAUCUUCACCUCCAAGCGCUACCUCUACCAGCACAUCUAUCGCGUGCACGUGGAGCACGGCUACUUUUGCGAGCACUGCGACUACGCCAGCAAGGACAAAUACAAGAUGGCGAGACACAUGAGCGGGAAGCACUUCUACUUGGACAGCCUUCCGAAGUGCCACGACUGCAAGAAGACGUUCAAAUCGGUGGACUCUCUGAGCCAACACAGGAAAUUCGGCCACUGCGGAGUCAGCAAGAAACUGUUCUUCUGCGAUCAUUGUGCGAAUUGCUACCGCGACAAGCUGCACCUGGCCAGGCACAUCAAGAUCCAACACGACGGCACGAAGCGCGCCGCGUGGAAAAAGCGCGGCGGGCUGCACAGCUGCGAGGUCUGCCUGAGAGCCUACAAACGGGUGACCGACCUGAGAUACCACCUGCAGUUCAAUUGCGGCAAACCGUUCAAGUUCAACUGCGACCACUGCGGCUACUUCUGCAAAUCCAAGUGCCACGUGAUGCAGCACAUCAUCUCAAAGCACGGCUAUUUGAACGGCCUCACCGCGGGGCGGAGCGUCUGCCGGCUGUGCGGCAAAACUUACAAGUGGAAGAAGGCUCUGCAAAACCAUCUCAAGUACGAGUGCGGCAAGGACCCCAGCUUCUUCUGCGACCGCUGCAGCUACUCUGCCAAGCACAAGUCCCACGUUAUCAGACACAUCGGGGCCAAACACUGCCAGGCCUAGUGCACGUUGUCGGGCGAGAGAGCCGCUUCGUUCUUUUACCCUUCGCUUUCCUUUGCGACCGACGCGGUUACCUUCGCCGAGCGCCGGCCGAUCUAACCUGUGCGAGUUCUUUUUCGGAUGGAAGAUCCACCAAGCGAGUUGCGUACCUUACCACUUUUUGACAGGUACGAUCUGUCGAUUUUUUCUCGAACUUUCAUGAAAACACCGAAAAAGAAAUCACGCAUCAAUUAAAUAGUACGUGCGCAAGAGUAAUUUUCUCCAUCGUCCAUUCUCAAUCGUUUGUUAAGUGAAUUCUAUUCUAGAAACGUGUGCAUGUGUCCCUCGAUCCGAGUCGACAUUUUUUCAAAUUUUUUCUGAAUGU